AUGGCUCCUAGAGUAAACAGUGUGGCUUGGGAUCAUUUUACGGACAAAGGGCAACAAAUGGCCGAGUGUAAUAUUUGUAAAAUACAACUGAGUUUUAAAAGUUCUGUAUCAAACCUUACAAAACACAUUAAACGUAAACAUCCAUUAGUAAGUUUAGUUAGAAGAAACGACGUUCCAGCUCCAGUGAUAACAUCCCAGACUAACCAGCAAACACCAAUAUCAGACCAAUCUGCUGGAAUAGUUCAACAACCUGAAGGUGAACAACGGCCGUCCACAAACUUGGUGCGAUUAGUACCUACAACCGGGUGCGAGAACUAUAGCUUCAUACAUAUAUAG